GCAAAAUGAGCCGUGAAGUCUUGGCACCACCCCUGUUGCGUAUGGGCAACAAUCGCUGCUAUAGAGUCAAUCUUAUUCACGAAGAUUUUCAAAAUAGUCAACAAGGAGCCAUAGCAGCACAGCAAAAGGGAGAAACCGCCAAGCCAUACAUGGAAGAUGAUCUCUAUGGGGAUGACUACAAUGACGAUUUAGAUGGUCAAGAUGCUUGUGACAUUGAAGAAACUGCGAACGGUCAGUUCAAAUUGGCUAUGCAUGUCGCCAGUUCAUUUUAUGGUGGUAUUAUUGGGUUCAAGGGAUCCACUAAACGUCGCAUUGAAGGUGAAACCCAAUGCUCCAUAAACAUUCCACAGAAAACACCAACAAAUAAGACUUCCGAAGCCAAAGUCAUUAUUACGGGCCGGACACGUAAUAGCGUAGCUACGACCAGACGUAAAAUCCAACUGCUAGUUGCAUCUUUGCGCAAGCGCAUGAAAGCCACACACUUUUAUGGCGUUACCAUGACUUCCGAUGAGAUACGAGAAAACUUCAAGAAACUCAAAGCUCAAAUUCUUGAAGCCGAAAUUCCUGGUGUAGUUGAGGAAUUGUUCCAGUUUGAUCAUAAAUUGCAUUUGACUUUGGGCAUUUGCGUAUUACUCGAUGACACCGAAAGGAAAAAGGCCGUUGAAAUUUUAGAAAGUUGCCGUGAAUUCCUUACCGGACUCCAGACUCCAUUUAACGUAAAAUGUAGUGGCCUGGAAAUAAUGAAUGAUGAUCCCAGCUCAGUACGUGUUUUAUAUGCCAAUGUGGAGUCAGCAGAGUUACAAACGUUUGCAAAUCUCUGUUUUGAACGUUUCAAUAAAUCGCGGUUGGGUAUUGACGAUUUCGAUCGAGGAUGUGUAAAGUUGCACAUGACCAUAAUGAAUAACCGCUAUCUCGAAAGGGAAGUACCGAAUACUACUACGAAAACAUUCGAUGCUAGGGAAAUACUAAAACGUUGGGGUAAUUAUCAUUUUGGCUCCGCUCAGUGUAAUGAGGUGCUUUUGUGUGCUCUUGGAUCCACAGCAGAACACAGAGAUUUCUAUAAAAUAACAGGGUCUUUAAAAUUUACUUAA